UGGGAAUCCCAUUCCCAGAUAAAUUGAGCAGCUGAUCGAAGAAACAGCCAUGAAAUCGCUGACGGAUGAAAAAUUCUGUCGUCUAUAUGUAGGCAUUAUUUUAAGUAAAAGCUGAGAGCUCACCAUGUGGCCAUGAAAGCUUCAUGUAAAGUCCGACCUUUUUUCUUCCCAUGAAUUCCUGUGAGAACCUCCAUUAUAUCCACUUUUGAUUAGAUUCCCUCUCAUUUUCCAACACAAAGCAAGACUCUGAGAUCUCUUCUUUUCGGAUCCAGAUGCAAACAAAAUUUCCGUUUAUAUGGCUUUGAUGAGAAGUUGAAUCAAGAUACUCAGCUACUCUGUUUGCUGAAAAGAUAUACAGUAUUAAUUCCAGUCAAUCAGGUUCAAGGCUGACUCCAGUUGAAUCUGGUUGCCAAAAUGGCCAUGGAUCAUACUGUCAAAGUCAUUCUAGGCUCAAUUGCCUUUGCAAUUUUUUGGUUAUUAGCUGUUUUCCCUGCUAUCCCAUUUCUACCAAUUGGGAGAACAGCAGGAUCUCUCCUGGGGGCAAUGCUAAUGGUUAUAUUUCGAGUCCUAACUCCUGAUCAAGCAUAUGCGGCCAUCGAUCUCCCAAUACUUGGUCUCCUGUUUGGGACAAUGGUAGUUAGUGUUUAUCUUGAACGAGCUGAUAUGUUCAAAUACUUGGGUAAGGUGCUGUCAUGGAAGAGUAGAGGGGCAAAGGAUUUAAUUUGUCGAGUGUGUGUGAUUUCCGCAAUUUCAAGUGCUUUUUUCACCAACGACACCUCGUGCGUGGUGUUAACCGAAUUUGUAUUAAAAAUUGCAAGACAACAUAAUCUUCCACCUCGUCCCUUCCUGCUUGCACUUGCAUCAAGUGCUAACAUUGGAUCUUCAGCAACCCCGAUCGGCAAUCCCCAAAACUUGGUCAUAGCUGUCCAGAGUAAAAUUCCUUUUGGGCAAUUUGUGAUUGGGAUACUCCCAGCAAUGCUCGUCGGUAUCGUUGUAAAUGCUGUAAUUAUCCUUGUUCUAUAUUGGAAAUUGUUAUCUGUCCAAAAGGAUGAAGAAGAUGCACCCUCUGAAGUUGUCGCAGAUGAAGAUGUGAAUUCUCAUAGGUUUUCACCAGCCAGAUUAUCACACACACACAUUCCAUCCAUUAACUCCCCGGAAUGGAAUUCUCGGUUGGAUUCAAUGAACGCGCAAAGUUCUCCUUGUGCGAAUGCAAAUAUCGAAAAUGUUGAAACUGUAAGGAAUUCAAUAAGUUCAAAAGAUAAUGAAAUCCACAGGUCUCUUAGUGCUAUGACAGAGUCGGCAAGAGUGUCUGAUGCAUCAAAAGAGUGGUUGCCCACUUCAUCUCCUCAGAAAAGGGAAGAAAGUUUUCCUUCUAAGAGCUUCAACUCAAUGGAUAAACAAAAAGAAUUAGUAUCCGUAUCCUUGCAGUCCUCAGAAGGAAAGGAACAUUGGAGCACAAAAUGGAGAAGGAUUGCCUGGAAAUGUUGUGUUUAUCUUGUGACUAUAGGGAUGCUAGUUGCUUUAUUGAUGGGCUUGAAUAUGUCAUGGACUGCAGUGACUGCUGCACUUGCUCUCGUGGUUCUUGAUUUCAAGGAUGCUCAGCCAUGCCUAGAAAAGGUUUCCUAUUCGCUUUUAGUCUUUUUUUGUGGGAUGUUUAUGACGGUUGAUGGAUUUAACAAGACCGGAUUACCAAGUGCUUUUUGGAAUUUCAUGGAGCCACAUGCGCAGAUUGAUCGUGUUUCUGGGACUGUAGUUCUUGCUCUUGUCAUUCUUUACCUCUCAAACCUGGCUUCAAACGUGCCUACUGUUCUGCUGCUUGGAGCACGGGUYGCUGCAUCCGCUGCUGCAAUAUCUCCAGAUCAAGAAAAAAGGGCAUGGCUUCUUUUAGCUUGGAUCAGUACUGUGGCUGGAAACCUGUCAUUAUUAGGCUCAGCUGCAAACUUGAUAGUGUGCGAACAGGCUCGUCGCUCUCCACAGCUAAGCUACAAUUUAUCCUUUUGGAAUCAUCUUAAAUUUGGAGUUCCCUCGACUCUUCUUGUCACAGCCAUUGGUUUAGUUCUUAUAAGAUGAUUUUCUUGUCCUCUUUCGCUUUCUUCUAUUGUUUUUCUAUAAUAAAAGUUUUUUGUAAUGAAUGUUAGAUUUGUAGAUUUCGUUUGAUGUUAAAUGUGUAUAUGGAAAAUGUUUCCUUGAAAAGUCUGUACAAACUCAAAUAUGAAACAAAUGUUCGAAAUAUGGUUUAGUUGGAAAUGUAUAUGAACUGAUAAAUAGCCAUUUUUUGUUCA